AUGUCUGUUGAAGUUACAAGUUCUUUAAACCAGGCCUCUGCUGUUGGUAAGAACCCUGUGAUAUAACUUUGUCUCUGUCAGCUUUCACUAUCUUUAUGUAUAAUUAUACUUUUGCAUCAAUCGUAUCACUCUAUUACUGAUUCUUCCACUUGUAAAUUGUGUAAUUCACUUGUAGAAUUCUCUAGAUGUGCAUUUGAAUUGUCAGUUAUGUCUACUUGAUAGUUAAGACAAGACUUAAGGCUGAUUUGGCAGCUUUGCACUAAACAUUUCUUCUUCAGAAUUGUAUAUCAUCAGGUAAACCAUCCAAAAGUAAACCAUUAACAGUAACUGUGCUCUCUUACAUAAUCAUAUGAUAAUUAUGUUUAACAUCAAGUCACCAGAGAACAAUUUGCAAAAAAAAAACUGUCCAUUUAAUGGUCAUGUCAUAAAUGAAUUGUUAAAUUGUUAAGUUGAUAAUACCUGUAUUUAUUGUUUAAAUCACCUCAAAAUGUUUGUGAAUGCAAGCAUGGUCUCUCAUACAGUGGCUGUAUUAAUCUUGUCUGAGCAAUGUAGGGCUUAAUCAGCUCUGUAACUUAGGUUUAAUUGCUGCAUGGGAACAUAGUGUCUGAAUGUGUAUCUGAUCUGGGAUGAAGGCUAACUGGAUUUGAAAAAUAAUGUAGCAUAGAAAUAUGUAGCUCCCUUAUUACUUUUUGUUGUCAGUAAUAUCAAGCUGUUUAGCCCUAAGUUGAAUUCUCUCAAACUUUUGAGACAAAUUUCUUAAGAGACCCACUAUAAAUGUUGCAACAAUCUUGAACUUUGUACUGUUGUGAAUACAAUCAAUCUUUCCUCCAAGUACUGAUAAAGGGCAUGAGUUCCAGAGAACAAUCUGUCAUGAGUAGCAUCCAUUGUUUUCAAGCCAGCUGAAGAUUUAAAAAAGUUUUGAAUUUAAAAUGCUAAGCAUCAGCCCUUUUGCAUUUAGUGGCAUACUUUUACUGGCAGAUUGUCUAUUCUCUCAGACCACAGAUGCAGGUCACAUUUAAUGUACUGGAGAUGCCAAAUGCCAAAUUCUAUAGCUUGCCUUAAACUGAUAUUGGAAUCCAUUAUACAGAUUUUGAGUGCUUACAUGCAUUAAUUCGCAGCUUACAGCAACUGACUGUUUAAUGUACCUUGUUUUCAGUGUAGUUUAAAUUGUGUCAUCAUACUUUGUUUUCAUUUUCAUUCUACUAUAUUCAAAGCAAGCUACAUACACACAUGGCAUAAAAGGUCUUCCAAUUCUACAACAACAGUCAAAAGGGUUAAGAAUUUUUCAUCAAGCAAGCCUAUUUGCAUGAUAUUUUUAGAUUUAAGUUUAUCCCUCAUGAAAUCGACUUCACCCCUUUAUCUGUAGACAUGCAGAAUACUGACUAUUUUGUUCUUGUAAAGCCUUUUGAAACCCCAACAUUUUAACUGAGUUGAUGAUAAUCAAUAGAUUAAUUACAUUUUUUGUCCACAGCAAUGUCGCCAAUCACAAACUACCCUCAGUCACCUGGUGGUGGAGGAACAGAGUCCUUUAGCUCUCGUUCUAAACGGGCAGCUUCUCCACAACGAGUCAGCAAUGGAUAUGCCUCUCCCAAAUCAAACUCGAUCUUGUCACCAAGAAAGUCAUCCAAGAGAUUCUUCCGAAGACCCACCCUUGAUAAGAACCAGUCUUCUGACUGUUUAACACAAGGCAAUGAAAAGAAAAAACCAUCAAAUUCUCAUCCGCGAGUUGAAAUUAUUUACAAAGAUGCUUCAUCAGAAAAUGAAUCUGAUAAAGAGACAAUGGUAUCGUCUUUAAAGAAGGCAUUUGAAGCAGAUGGAACACCUUGUCUGAAAACACAAUCUAGUAAUUCUGAAGAUGGAUUACCAGCAGCUCUCUUAGAAGAAUCUACCUCUCAUUGUCUUGAUGUGAAUAUGAAUCGUAUAUCCACAGCCUCAGGAUCUAGUCACACUGAAAGGGUUGUCCAGGAAAUUGUUCUCACUGAGCAAGCUUAUGUUUCACAUUUACAAGAGAUCAUUGAGGUACAUUUAAUGGCCAACAAUUUUGUAAAUUGUGAUAUUGUUUUCAAUCCAUUUUACUCUUUCACUCCCAGAGGCUAAGUUUUUAUUCUCUACUCUGUUCAUGUUAUACAUUUCAUUUGGAUUAGGAUCUGAAAAUUUGGUGUACAAUCAACCAGUAUCCCAUAGUUGAGAUUUGCCUUUCAUCUUGUCACCUUUCUGUUGGAAGAUGGGUUCAUUUAUGGAGGAAAAAUUCCUUUUUGGUCAUUCCUGAGAGUAUAAGAGUUAAAAGAAAGAUAUCAAGGAAGCACAGAUUAGUUGCGAUGGAAAGAGUGCAUCCAAUCGGUUACAAAUUGCUGACACAUUGACUUUUCCAACCUCCCCGUUACUUCAUUUUUGACUCUUUUGUCCUUUUUGAGUUAAACUAUUUGCCCCCCUCCCCCAAAACAAUGUUUUGUCAUGAUUUUGCGAGCUUUUAGCUACAAACAGGCAAUGUUGAAUGGGGAAGAGGGUAUUGUCAUUGAUUUAGAGCAUGGUAAAAACAACAGUGUUAUUCUAAACAUUAAAAGAACUGUUCAAACACAUUAUGUCAACUAAUUUUAACACUGAUUGUCUCUCACAUCCUUCUACUCUGCAUUUGAUUUCAAAAGCUGCAGUCUCAAAAAUUAAUGGCUGGGUUUGAUAAUGAUUUUAGGGGAUAAUAAUUAGUACCUCAUGGGUUUAUAUUUUGUACUUUUAGAUGAAUACUAGGUUGGAACACUUUUCUACUAGACAAGUUUGAUUUAUUUUUAAAUCUUUUCAUUAUAUCACCAUAGUCCUUCAGUGAAGGAAAUUAUAAUUCAAACUAGUUUAAACUAUUUUUACCUAAAUUAAUAUUCAACUGCAGCAUAAUUUAAUUAUAACAAUAUUUGUCAUUAUAACAAUAUUAUGAUAAGGUUUCACAUUUUUAAAAACUGAAUAAGUAACCUUAAAUUUCAAAAUUGUAAUUAACAUUUAAAGAUUUUGUUACUUCAUCAAUCUGUCUUCAGGGCUAUAUGAAGAAAAUGAGAAAUGAAAAAUCUCCAUUCUCAGAGCAAGAUAUCAAAGAUUUAUUUAUGAACAUUGAAGAAAUAUAUGAAUUUAACAAGUAAGUGCGUCACUAGAUUGUUAUACCAAAGUAUGGAUUCAAAUAAAUUGAAUGCUGCUUUUUUAAUCAGUUUUGAGCAGCUCUGUUGCAACUGCCUCUAUACUUACGAGUGUAGAGUUUGACUAAAGCUACUUCAUGAUCAUUUCCUUUAUUCUUGUGACUGCAAUGUGUGAUGCAAUGUGUGAUGCAAUGUGUGAGGAGAACUUAGAUGCUAGUUAGUAGCUGCCCUGUAGGUGCUUGUCAAAUGACUGAUAAAAUAAAUGCAAGGAAGGACUUUUUGUAACAUCAUAUACUCACUAAGGCAUCCUUUCAUUCUGAAGAUCAUUUCUAGAUGAACUGGAAAUCUGUGGAGAUGAUCCAGCAGAAGUAGCAAAUCUAUUUGUAUCCAAGGUAAGCAACAGUCAAUGUAUUGAUGAUGAUUGUUAAUUAAAGAGAAGUCUAUAAGAGUGUGAGAUAAUUUGGCUUUAUCGACUGAGUUGAUAAUGUAAAUUGGUGACUGCAGUCAAUCAAUCACUAUUUACUCUGAUGAAAAGCUGACAUGCAAAAUGUUUAUGGUAGCCAAUUUAAAUUAUCAACUCAAUUGAUAAUGUUAACUAAAUCAUCUUGAAAUGCCCUUCACAACAAAGCACCACAGUUUCUUUAGAAACAUACCCAUUUGAUUCAUUCAUUAGAUUACAAACUUUAUAUUUCUAGUGCAUAAUAGUUCAUGGGGGCAAAGCUUGAAUCAGGUAUGACCCAUAGGAAUGGAGGGAAGAUCAUCAAAUUAUUUUAGUAUAUACAGUAGAACCCUGCUUACUUGAACUAAGUUAACUGAAACCCCUGGUAACUUGAACAUGAUCUGAUUUCCUUUGACUCCAUAUUUUCAGUCAUUCACUACUUACACCCCCAGUAACUCGAACCAUUUUUGUUUCCUUUGGGGAUUCAAGGUAGCAGGACUCUACUGCAUAUCUAAUGGUCUUUCGAAACUUAUCAAAAGAAUAGGUGUUUGGGUUGCUCACAAGCUAUCAUGGAAUAGUCAACUAGUAGCUUACCCAAACAGAUUACUAAUUCCUUUGACUCAGUUAUUAUCAUUUCCUUUUGUAGGAAAAAGGCUUUGUAACAUAUACAGAAUACUGUACAAAUUAUCCAAUGUAAGUUAUAAAGAAUUAUGAUAUAGUUAUUAAUUGUUGCUGGGUAUAGGGAGAAAUUUAAGGAGUGAUGCACUUUUUACAGCUGCAAGUGUGCAGAAUUAGACCAAGUCAGGAAGUAUCAGUUCAUGCAUGGAGAUGGUUUGCAUGAUUAAUUAAAUACACAUAGAAUAUAUAUUUAAUCAUGGAACAACUCUCCUCUUGGUCAAUUUUUUUUUAAAGGUCAAAAUAAAGUUCCUGGAUAAAGUAAGCUUUUUGUAUUUUAGACCUUUCCUUCCAGUCUUGUACAUUCUGAUGUUCUAUCUGCUUUUGAGAGGGGCAACUGUGUUUAAAUUACCAUUGGAUCCUUAUGUACACUGUGGUUUUUUAGAACUAACCUUCUUUUUCCUAUCAAAAGUUUGUUUAACCCUGAUGCAUGAUAUAUCUUACAACAGUUCUAUGGAAGUACUAACAAAGUCUACACAGAAAAAAGAGACUGCUGAAUUUAUAAAGGUAUGCACGUCCAUAUUACAAAAUAUGUUUGCUUUAUGUUUACAUAACAGAAACAGGUUGUUGGUAUAUGUUUGAUGAAUUUGGAAUAGUAGUUUGAUGUCUCUUUUGAUUUCUGACUUUACAAUAUAUGACCAAAAUGUGGUGUAAGGAUUUCUGGCUUGUGACAAGUUUAUUUAUAAUAACCCUUUGACUCCCAAGAUUUGUGUAUUAAUUUUCCCCUCUAGCUGCCAUGCAUUCCUUUGUAAAUAAGUUACAAAAAAUUAGACUAAGUGUUAUAUUGAGAAUUAACUUCCACCAGAUAAGUUUGAGUAUUCUUGUUACCUGUUUGCUUGCUAAUUUAUGGCUAUUUGGGGAGAAGUUAGAUGGGAGUUAAAGGGUUACUUUUAGGCUUCUUUAGUAUUUACUUGAUGUGAAUAUUUUGUUCAUCAGAAAAUUCAGGUUGAAUUGGGCCAUUCUCUUCCUCUUGGGUCAUACUUGUUAAAACCUGUACAAAGAAUUCUAAAAUAUCACCUUUUGCUGCAGGUGAGUGCCAAAACCUAACCUAACUACUAUCUUUUAAUGCUUCAUGUGAGCAAACCUUUACCACUUGGCCAGCUCAGGGGGUGGGGAAAAUAACCUUCAACCAUAUGGUGAGGUGAGGUGGUCAAAACAUUUCUGUUAAAAAGAAAUUAAGAGAAAAAGUUUUUACAAAAAGAUGAGACUAAUUAACAUUGAAAAAUGUCUGGUAACCAUGCCAGGUGUUGGGACAUACUCUCAUUUAAAGACACCUAUCAACCAAUCAGAGUAUGUGUUGUAUCUCAGUAAUUAUUUAAUGUCAUUUGUUCAGAGUAGCACUUAAAUCACUCCUACUCCUAGUCCUUGUAAUCUAAAUUUGUGCACUUUCAUUUCUUAGGAUAUUCAAAAGCAUUUUGACAAAGAAAAUGAUCCUGAAGGUUAUGAUGUAAUAUCUGUAAGUAUGGAAGUCACUUGGUGGUGACAGCUACUAAAAUUAUCAACACAACUGAUUCACCCUCCCAAGAAUUGAUUAGUAAUUCUUCUUCUUUGGAGCUACAUAUAUCCUUAUAAUUGCAUGUGAGAAAUUGCUGCUAUAUCAAUCGGAUAACUGGACAAGUGCUAUUCAUGCUUUGAACAAUUUCUCCCAGUAUUGUGACUGGUCUUUCUGUGCAUUUGAUCCACAGGAGGCCCUAUCUGCCAUGACUGGAGUAGCUCACCACAUUAAUGAAAUGAAAAGACAACAUGAAGUAGCAGUUCAUGUGCAGGUAGAGAGAGACUCUUCUAUAUUUCAUAUGAUCUUAUAAGCAUGUAUGAUAUUCUUGAAUGAUGGGCUUGCUCACUUUACAAUGUAGUAAAAUAUUCAUAUAACUUAACGUUGAGAAAGUGCCCCCCUUGAAUAAGCCUCCCUCCCUCCUCCCUUGCUUGUUAAACAGUAAGAGUACAAGGAAAACUUGUUUCUGUUGCCACUCUAUAACUUUUAAAACAGCAGAAUAAUUGCCCCUCAUUUUAGCCUAAAGUGAGAGCCUGCACAAUUGCAUGAGGAAAUAGGUUUUUUCCUUUCAUGUCAUUUGAUAUUGUUUAGAAAUUAUAGUGGUGAGUUAAAUGUGAAACAGUCCUGGUAGUUUAGGGGUUGAGGUAGAUACAGAUGCUAUGUAUACCCUUAACUAUUUUUAAACUUUAAGUUCUUUCUUUGCUGUAUGAGAGAAGAAGACAGCAGUAUGCAGUUGAAACGUUGCAAUCUACAUCACACGUGACUGCAUCGUGAGACAAACAAAAAACUUAGCUUUUAUUGUUAUUCCCCAUGAUGAAUAACCACAACCUUUUCUACAGAAUUUCUUUCAAUUCUCUCAUAGGUAGAAAUUAAAAAUUAGAAAAAAAUCGUAUGGCCAGUGUAGGUUUUCUUUUCUGUACUGUAGCAUGUGCCUAGAUAUGCUAAAAACUACAACAUGAAGUAUGUUUAUGGCUGUGGAGAUGUUUGGUUCAUCAGUUACUUUGGUUCAAGUUUUAAUUGUAGUUAAUUAUAGUAAUGACCAGCAUUGACAUUAUGUUUUAGAAUUUUUAUUGCUUAAAGUAAAUUUGGUAACUUUUUUUAAUUACAGGAAAUCCAAAGUCAGAUGUGUGACUUUGAGGUAAUUACAAAGACAUAUGUUGAAUUUGCUGUAAGAUACUAUUUAUUUUGCAAGUUAAAUCUUGCGAAUAUAGCAAUAAGACCUUUUCCAUUCUCAAAAUGAUUUUAAAUUUGGUGUCACUCAACAAUUUUUAUGGGAAAUCUGUCUAUGAGGUUAUGUAGUAUUCUUGUCUUGGUAAGAGUAAAUUGAAAUGCCCUCUGCAUAAUGUGUGAAUACAUCAGGAAAAAGAAAAACAAUAAUUAUAAAGCCAUCCAUUUUUUGCCAGCUGAUUACCAGAUAGCUGAUUUAACAACUAGAUUUCAGUUUAGUUAUGGAUCACAGAUGACGAGAAAAUAUGUUAAGUGGCAAGGAAACCUCAAGGAAGGGAUUUGUCAAUGUUCAUAAAACCUUUUGACUUCUUUUGUGAUUGACUGAAUAGACACUCAGUGUAAUGUCUGAAAUGAAGAAAAGUAAUAAAAUUAUUGAGUUGUGCUCAGAACUUUUGGAACUUAUUAAGUUCUCCAGUAGGUAUUUUUCUGUCGUUUAGGACCCUUUAUACUUGUAAACAGCCCCUUGUUAAUUGUUAUGUACCUUGAUGGAGAGAGAAAAGAAAACAAAAUUUUCCAGUUGAUAUCAGCUGUGGGUUUGUAGUAAUGUUCGGUUUAUUUUAACAUCAUUAACUGUAUUGUCAAUUGUUUGUGACUGCAGAGAAUACGUAUCUAAUCAUUUUAUUUUUCUUCUAUUGUAUUUUUACCACUGCAGGGUCCUGAUCUUACCACUUAUGGUAGUCUAGUUUUAGAGGUAAUAACCAUCUUUACUUGUUAAAAUCUUGCAAAUUUACGUUGUCUUUUUAUUUUUUUUAAAUGAGUUUGCACCCCUCUUUUACCAAUUCUCAUUCCCCUGAUUAGCUGAAGUUGCGAGCUGAGAGUGCGUUAGAGGGUUAUCUCUUUUCCCUGUUUUGCAUAUCAAGCACCUUGUUUUUGUUUUGUUUUAUUUGAUUUUCCUUUCUGUUUUUCAGUUUGUUUGUUUUUGUUAGGAAGCUAUCUAUAACUUAUAGCCAGUGGCAUUCAAUGAAUUAAAAUUCUCAACAUAGCACAACGUGAUUUAAAACCUAACGCCAAUUUUUUUUCGUCUCAGGACACCUUUCGAAUGCAUGGAACCAGAACAGAUAGAUAUCUUUUUCUCUUCGAGCAAAUCCUUCUCAUCACAAAACGGAAAGAAAAUGGCUACUCUUGUAAAGCUACACUUAUGGUAAGAGAUCGUAUGUCGUUAAAACUGUAAGGUCCUGAGUAUUACAUCAAGAUUCUUGUUGUCUCCUUUUUAUCAAUCAAGCAUAAAAACAGUCUGACCCUGGUUGUUCGAAAGGUAGAUAACGUUAUCUUUUGGAUAAAUAUCUAUCCGGUGGAUAGCGCAGUACGUUUUGUUAACACUUAGCCGCUGGAUAGCGAUUUAUCCGUCGGAUAGCAAUUUAUCCGUCAGAAAGCUAUUUAUCCGUCGGAUGGCAAUUUAUCCGCUGGAUAGCGAUUUAUAUGUUGGAUAGCAAUUUAUCCAUCGGAUGGCAAUUUAUUCGUUGUAUAGUGUUUCUAAAAAAAAAAUUAUUUCUACUUUUCACCUGGGAAUGAAUGGGUUAAUUAUGGUGUGAUGAUUUAAACAUGCUCAGUAACUCCUCAACUUACCUGCGUGUGUGUGUGUGUGUGCGUGUGUUUUUCCAUUUCUUACCAGCUGUCGAACAUGAUGAUGCUUGAAUCAGUACCCAAGGAACCGUUAGCAUUCCAGAUAAUACGAUUUGAUAACCAGAAAAUAACCUACACGUUUUUGGUAAGUGAGAAAGUGUCAGCAGUCAUACAGGAUUGCGUUCCUCAAUAGGGUUGAAAAACUUUUGCAUUUGAGGAAGACUUGCUGUUAUUGUAAGCCACCCAAUUCUGUUUUUUCUCUCGCAAUAGGCGAGGAACAAAGAUCAGAAACGUCAGUGGAUGUUAGAGUUGAAGAGACUGAUCGUUGAUAGUCUUUCUGCACAGGUUCCCACGAAGGUCAGUUUACUUUACUGUUAAAUAUUUUAAGAUGAGAGCGAUCAUCGCAAUAAUGAGUACUACUUAGGAAGCAGUGAGAAAAAAAUACAGGUGCAGUGUUCUACCAACUGAGCUAACGAGCCAACUGGGAGCUGGUCAUUUGUUGUUUUAUAAGAAACCCGUGCGGUGGUAAAUGAACGACAGUGAAUAUAUAUGAAUUACAUAUACUGUAUUUGAACUGCGGGUUAACAAAUGAAAAAGAGAGUGAUUUUCGGUAAUGAACACUACGUAGACAGUAGAGAAAAUAAAGCCUUAAAAAAAAUUCAAGUUGGUACGGAAGUUAAACCCAACAUGGAUCGUGGUCAUGAGGUCAAACCUGGUAUAAGCCUGAAUUUUUCUCGGGCCUUAUUUUCCACUACUGCUUAAAGAUAAACAACUCCAUAUUAGGAAGCAAGUUCUGAUGGGCUGGUCUCACGCUUUAACAAAGUUCAGCUCUCGGACAGACAAUCGCUUUAAGGUUAUAAACUUCUGGUAAAAACUAAUGGUGGAGCUGUUUUUUUUUUGCCUCUAGGCUAAAAAUCUCAUUCUUGGAAAGAAAAGUGUUGGAGAAACAAAAGAACUAGGUAAGAUGAUGGCUUCCUGGCAUAACACUCUCCCAUGUGGAGGUUAGUGUAGUGCAUUUCAGCGAUCGGUUUCGGGGCUUAUAGUUCGACUUGUGACAGAAUGCGGGCAGGUCUUCAUUACUCAAACUCGCAUUCUUCUGCUCGCGGGAAGAGUUGAGACGAGUCGUAGAGAGGUUUGCUGGGAGUCUAACACUAAUAAUCACUGCCAGGCCCCUUUGCAAACCUCUCGUUGGCUCUUGUUGCAGAAAUGCUAAUAAUGAAGGCUGGCUCGCAGGCUAAAGUCGUGAUAAGUCGGCCGGAAUGCAAGGUAAGCAUUGUCGCGAACCAACGGUCGCCUCACUGUUUGGACUGUAAGUGCGCUCUGAAUAAUUUCGCCUGAAUUUCUAAGUUUAUGUCAAUUUCUUCCUUUCUUAACUAUUCUUAAUUAAAAUAUAACAUGUGCCACACAGGGGAAUAGUGCUUUUCAAGCACGCUGAUUGGGCCCUCGGAAAUAUUUAGAAAGUAACACAUAUUUUGUUUCCACGAAGGGCUUGUGCUCAAAACGUCAGUUUUAGUUUUCUUAACGGCCUUUUGGUCACCGCGGCAAUCAGUUUUGUGUUGAAGAUAAACUUGGAGUAAAUCACUUUUUUCUCAUGUGGCAAAAACUCCAGGUACUGAAGGGAAGAAAAGAUCUUCAUCCAUGGACAACAAACUAAACAGAGGGACGCAACUUAAAGGUAACUUUUCUUCACUGUGUAUUGUCAGGACCUUUUGGCCAACCGGAUGCUUAGGUGACAUUUUUCCUGCGCUUACUCACGGUCGAACGCAUAAUUCGGUUAGAAUUUUUCCUGGGUCAAGUACUUUUUCUAAGGUUUACACUCGAAAAUGUUUCAUGUUUUGUUUGGCCGCUCAGGGCUUUAAAUGUGCUUCCUCUGCUAUGACAUUCGCAAAUGGUUAGCCAUUUUAGUUUGAUAACGACGAUAAACCGUAGUCCACUUCUCCUGUAGCUUCUCUGUACUGGUUAGCAAGGGACGUUAAAGAUUCCACGCACUCCUCGCAAAGAACAGGGAACGUAGCUCCCGAUGUCAUGGUCUGGCCUUGUUAUUGUUUAGAUAGCUAUACGCUGAACUGUAACACCCUGUCUAAAUAUCGCAACUACAUACAUACAUACAUACAUACAUACAUACAUACAUACAACUGUCCGAAGCGCGGGGACGUACCACUGAUGGGCAGUUGGAACUGAAGCUCUCUCUGCAAAAUUUCGAAAUAACUGAAACUUCAAUGAUAACAGUGAUACGACCGUCAAAAUUAUUAAAUAUUCUUUAAUAACUUAAACAUCCCAUUUAGCUAACCUAUAGAUGUUGUGAAUUUCAAGGUAUAAAAUUCUAAUACUUUUAAAAUCCGAGAGCCAUGAUAAAAUUAUUGACUGGUAAACUAUGAUGAUAAUUGCUUAUAAUUUUCUUUUUUUUAUGAACUAAAUAACCAUCCGGAGUUUAUAAACUUUCAAAAUCGUGACGUAAAUUAAGCAGUAUUCAACGAACGAUAUUUCAAACAUUAUAAUUGUUCAAACACUAUCAUUGUAGCUUAUUUAAUGAAAGCGAACAAUUCACAUCUUUGUGGUACAGUUACAGCUGUUUAUGUAGACGUAGAACUCCAGUGAUAUCUUUUGCAGCCAUUCACCAACCUAAGCAAUAACUUCGCGCAAGACCGUAGGAGACUAGAUCUAAUAUUUAAAGAAAUUAGCCUAUAAGAUCGAUCACCUUGAGCUGUGUGAAAAAGAAUGUUACCGUCAAACUCUGGGUCGCUAACAGAGGAGUCAGCAAUUCUUACUGAUGCACUUUAAGGUUUAGGGUGAAACUAAAUAACCAUCAUAUUGACAGGGAAAGUUUGCUUAGGUUCAGAAGUUUACCAAACAUCGACAGUUGUGGCUCCAGUAAAGGUACUAACAUUUUAUUAAAUUUAUUAAAUUUAAAAAAUCUAAAUUUAAAAUAAAUAACGUAAAAUUUAGCUUUAUAAAUUGAUACUUUUAAACGAUAAAAAAACGCUCUUGAAUUUAACGAUUAUUAUAAGUUACGAAUCCUGGUUAAGUCGUGGUUAAUCCUGGUUAAACGUGAAACAGUUACUAAGACAAUUAAUUGCAAACAGUUCCCAUGCAGAAAGUGGCAUUCAUCUGAAUUAUCGCGUGUGAACUUGUGAAGGUCUGCAAGAGUGCAUAUCGUUUACACCUUUUUUCUAACUUUGGUUCUGUUUACUUCCUUUAAAAGGGUCUUCUGGAUUUACAGGAAUGAAGCGGGUAUGUUUCUCGUUUAAUUCUUAUCUAUAGAUAACAACUAUUCACCUUAGUGUCGGGGACUAGUGGUAGAUAUUCACUGAGCCGCGAAGCGGCAAGGUAAAUUUAUUGCUGUAAAUUAUUGAUUUUCUUGACCAAGGCGGGAGUCCAAUGUACGCAGGGAAUAUCCUGCCCUUGUUGCGCUGGUGUUUUACGUAGUAUUUUUCUUUACAAUGUUUGUGACAGAGAGUGAAAAUUUUACGUGUUGGUAGACGAAUUGAAAAUAUUGCUCUUUUUGUAGGAAAAAGUAAGCGUUAAAUCAGAUGACGAGAGCGAACCCAGAUCUCCAUCAGAAGCAUAUUCCUCGGACGAUGACAAGGUAGAGAACUUAUCCUUGAAUUUUUGCUUUCCGCUCUGAACUCUCCCAUCUUGAACCCUCCUUGUUUCUUCUUGAAUAGAUCUAAGUUGUCCCUUCAAUGUUUAUCUGCCUUGGGACUAAUAUUUUGUGGUGUCCUUCACGAUGAAGGUGGUUCAGAACUUAGCAAAGUGUGAUGACGUUGCUCCUAUAAAACUGACCUUUCACGGCGUUCUUGGUGACCCUGUGACGAAAAAGCUUGUCGAUUGUGGCUGAAAUUUGGCAAAACUCCGCGUAAAAUAUUUGGUAACCGAGGUAUCGCAUUCAGUUUUAACUUUUGUUUGUAUAACAAAUUGAUUAUGUUUUUUCUUUCUUUUUGUUAAGAAACGUCUCCGUUCGCAUUCGUCUGUCAGUGACAAGGAAGAAAGCUUAGACGAAUGGGAAGAACCAGUGGAGGAAAAGCGACAGGAGUCUGAUCACAGGAUUUCAACUCCAAUAAAUGAAAGUAGUGAGGAAGAAGCAGAGGUGAGGAUAACUUUGGAAAAAAAAAGCUUCCAGUCGCUAUACUUGUAGGGUUUUAGACAAUUUUCAGCAGCACGGCUUAUUCGUGAGCAAAUAAGCCUUCGGCCUCGUGCUUUCAUCUGUUUCUCGGUAUCUGGGUACCUCGAUGAAACAAUCGCACUCGUUUUUGAUAUGUUACAUCUGAAAUAUUACUCUUCAUUGCUAAACAUCUCGCGGGUUUAUACUAGAGGGAUGAUGUAAUAAUAAUAAUAAUAUAAUAAUAAUAAUAAUAAUAAUUUAUUUCUAUAGCGCAUUUUCCUGACGCACAAAUGCGCUUUACAGUGUCAAAUUAUCAUAACCUGUAAUUAAAUAAAAAUUUAAAGUCUAAAAAUAUGCUUGUCCAAAAAAAAAAGGUCUUAAGCUUAGCUUUAAAAACAGAUGCACUGCUUUUAAUCUCAAAUGGAAUUGAUUCAUGUAAAAUAAUUGUGGCGUACAGCCUGGAGAGAUUACCAUUUUCGAAUCCCCCAUUUGUUCCAUAGGCUCAGUAUUCACACAUUCAUCAUUUUCAAGUGGUGAGAGUUCGUUGAGUUUAUAACAAAUAAUCAUGACAGAAUUAUUCAAAUAUAGUUACAACGCAAACUGCUUAUUAUCAACUGUCUCUUUGUAGGAAAAGUUCCCUAAUGGCGAGGAAACUGUAGCACAGCCAAGAACAUACUCAGUUGAAGACUCUCAAGGGGAAGUGUUGGGAACGGCAACUACUGAAGGAAUCGGCUUUGUAUCUCAGAUUAAGAACGAUCAACAAAGUGAGGCAGAGGUUGCCAAAAUAUCGCGCGAAAGCGUUACCGCGUCAAGCGUCAUAAGGCAACGCCCCAGUAGCUUCUCCAGCUCGGAUUCUGUCAAAGAGUCACGCAACAGAAAAACUGUGACUAGAAAUGGGUCCUUUAACAGUAACGCCUCCUGUGAAGUAGGUAGCUUUGCGCACCCGUCCUCUGAUAGCCCAAGCCAAAUAAGGCGGUCCUCAAACAGCGUCCGACUAUUGGAAGCUCGGCGAAGCCUUGAAAAAUCUUCGUCUGCUUUAGACUUACGUGACGUAGACGAAGACUCGGCGUCAGUGUUUAGCCAUGGCGACAUAGAGAAUUUCAGGGAGUAUUCAGCAAUACAGACUACUGUGAGAAAAGUAAGCCGAGCGUUCAGUGGCUCUUCUCCAUCCGACAAAACCUCUCCAAGCGAGAACCAGAUGCGUACCGCGCAGACACACUACAUCGUGGAAUCUCGCAAUACCCCGGAUAAAGACUCUUCUCUCUCGAGCUCAGACUCCACUCAGCAAAACUUGGAAGAGCUACUUGCUUCCAUUGACCGCGACUUGGAUGAGACACGUCGCACAAUUUCUUGCGCGCAACUGUUAGAAUCUGCUCUUCUUAUUAAGAAUGACGGCAGAUUAGAGACUACGUUCACGAACAGUCUUACGCGUAAAAGGCGUCCUCGGAUUAUCGACUUUACAACUGAAAAGGUUGAGUCCCAGGUAGAUGAAUCUAGGAGUUCUUUUUCUGACGAGCGAAAUGGAAGGAGUGAACAAUCCGAACACGAAAACCGUCUGCGUGGUGAUGCAUACAAGAACACUUCAGUUCAUUCCGAACAUGAAAGAGAAUUUAACUCUUUAGAAGGAAAAAAUGGUAAAGAAAAGCAAGAGUUGUUAGUUUCUAACGAGAUUGAACAAUCACAGGCUUCUGCUCUUUCUACUGAUUCAGAACCACAGGGAGUCCAAGUAGACCAACCUUCUCGAGCAGAGGAUCAAAACCAACCGCAAAAACGCGAACUAUACGCUGAUAGUAACAGCGAAAAGAGCAAGCCGUCAACAACAAACGAAGAGGACGUUUACGGGGAAACAGCCCCACGUGUCAUUACGCCCAUUAAAUCUAGCUUGCCGAGUGUUCAUAAGAUGGCGAGACAGUAUUCUCGAAAAGUCGCCGAGGAACAGACAGUGGAGAAUAUACGCAUGCGUGCGCGAAAUAAAGUGCGCGACAAGAUAGAGUCGGACACAGCGGUCAGUAAUAAGCAAGACAAUACAGACCAUACUCCUAAGAUAAAAAUUGAAAAAGUCACUAAGGUUUCAUUCACUAGUACUCCGAUCGAAAGUUACAAGCUCGUAAGGCGUCGACGAAGGCGUUCGGGAUCUUCUCGACAUCGCUCGGACGAUUUGCGGCGCCUGAGUUGGUCGGUUGAGAAAGUAAAACCAGAAUCGGAGGAACCACGCAAGACGAGACCCAAGAGUGUGUUCGAUAUGGAGGCCUUGGAGGCUACACUGACAGAAAAUAUGGAACAGAUCGAGGAGGGUCUGGAACCAAUGUUAAUCGAGGGAUUGGAAAAGGAUGAUGUGGUUGUUAGAGGACUGGUGCAGCACUUAGUUAAUAAGUUUAACUCUCACAAAUAGAAACGUUCUGAUCAAAGAACCCCUUUGAGGUUGUUCGGUCCACGAUUAAGUCUUUUGGUGUAAACUUUAUUCGGUGAUUUUGAGUCCAUCUCCCAAAUCAUGGCCACGAACAAGAAGUUAUUUUUUACGAAAAUGUUCGAAUGCUCUUGUUUUGUCAGUUCCAUUGUUAUUUGUUUUCUUGCUAAUUUUGACGACAAGAGCGUGUGGGAUUUGAGGAACACACUCAAGCAACAACAGUUAACAUAACAACACGUUUGCGAAGAAGGAAAUUUAUCAGGUUUAAUGUUAUGAGUGGGAUACCUGUUUAUUGUUAUUGCUAAUUUUGACAUUUUCCGAGAAAGUAAUGACCUCUAUUUGUCUCGUUAGUUAACUCUUUUUGUCAUAAAGUAGGUUGUGUGCUCUGUCACGUUGUGAAUAUAAUGUGCAACGCUGGCGUUGCAAGGACUGUAUCGAUAGCUUUAAAGUAUCGUCAUGUUUAUAUUUAAUUUCGCUGCGCCAACCUAGUGCCCAGGUUCGACUCUCUCAAAAAGAAACACGCAUUAGGAUGAGGGCUCGGGAACAAGGCUGGAUUGAAAGUAUAGUGCAGAAGUUUAUACCAGUGUGAUCAGCGGAUGUAUAUGUUAUUGGAAGUUUACCUCACACGUAACUAGUUUGUAUCAUUAAACAUUCCAUACUUUCGACUUUUUUAUACCGUUAAUAUGGCCGACGUGACUUCAUGUCAACCUUAAAACAACCUAAUGGUUAAUUAUAUUUUACUGUCACUUGCAUUUGCCCGUGAAAAAAAAUCUUGACGAGUACAUUUUGUGAGUUGAUAUCGAACUAAAUUUGUACUUACUUUGACAGACUUACGCCUGAUCGUACUUGAAAACUAAGUCUUUAGUAUUGUUUUUUUCCUUGAGUUGUCAUCAUUCCUUACAGAAAAUGAAACAGAGCGUGAUGUGAUGUCUCCAGUGGGAACACUCCAAACUUUCCUCCCUUACAGUUAAAAUUGCCCUCAAGAUGCUUUCAGCGCAGAAAAUGAUGACUGAACUGCCAAAACUAAUUUAGAGAGUGAUCGUUCUUCAAAACGUGUUUUUCUUACUAGUUCAUGGGUAGAUGCAAGUGACAUAAAAACGCGAAGCCAUACGAAAACAUGCAAAAUCGCACCUUGUAGCUGAACCGUAACUGCUGUUCAUUUACUUGUAUGAGCAAGAAGAUUCUGCAUUUUUGCUAUUUGUCCAGAUCUUUCUUUUUCCUAUUGAUACUCAAACAAAUAUAGAUUUCUUUUCUGCCAUUUGUUGAGCAACGAAAGAAAUUAUCAGUAAUUUACAUAUCUUUGCACAAUCGAUUUGUAUAUUAAGAAGUGCUGUCAAAUUUCUAUGCCACGUUGGUUUUUAGGAAAACACUUGAGUAGUAUCUAUACCCUUGCUGUAUAGUUAUUAACAGUUAUUUAUUAGUUAAAAUUUCCUAGUGGUAGUUGAAUGACUUAUGUCAGAAACAGUGUUGAUUCUGCUGUAAUCACAUGAAGGAACUGAGUUCUAUCGCUCUAAUCUAUCGCCUUCUGAGAAAAACAACAAUUUUUGUAAAAAGUUCUUCUAAUGAUUUGAUCAUCUUUUUCCACGAAAUAUUAUUUGUAAAUUGCUCGGCUGGUGACGUUUUGUAUUAAAGUCAAUUAAGGAUUGUC